GAUUGCAUCCUGCCUCCGACGACAAUGGUGAACCUGCGCCCCGAGCCCAAGGACUCCCUGACUGUCCGUGAUAACAGGACGGGGGCGGUUGUGGACAUCGCGAUCCAGGACAAUAGCAUACCCGCGACGGCCUUCAGGGCGCUCAAGGCUCCGCGUGUGAAGGGGGAGAGGGAGGAGAAUGAGACGGAGAAGGGUCUGCGCAUAGCAGACAAGGGCUUCCUGAACACUGCUGUCAUACGCAGCGAGAUUACCUACAUUGACGGCGAUGCGGGAGUGCUACGCUACAGAGGAUACCCCAUCGAACAGCUCGCUACAAAGUCCUCGCACUUGGAGACCGCGUACCUCCUCAUCUAUGGCUCCCUCCCCACGGCGCUUCAAUACAAGGUCUGGGAGGACGAAAUCUUGCACCAUGGUGUGAUGCACUCGGACGCGGAGCAGUUCUUCAAGAGCUUCCGCUACGACGCGCACCCUAUGUCCAUGUUGACGAGCGCGUUCGCGUACUUGGGAUCCUACUAUAGCGAGGCGAACCCAUCGUUGCAAGGCCAGAAACUCUUCACAAAGGGUGACGCAGCCUCGCUCGCGAACAUGGACAAGCAGAUUUACCGCCUCAUCGGCAAGGCUACGACACUUGCUGCGAUGGCCUACCGCGUCCGCCAAGGCCGCAACUUCGUCACGCCGCCGACGGGCCUGAGCUAUACCGGCUCCUUCCUCUACCAAAUGGACCACCUCGGCGAAGAGGACUACCGCCCACACCCCGUUUUGGAGAAGGCUCUCGACACUUUGUUUCUCCUUCACGCUGACCACGAGCUGAACGCGAGCGCGACGACUGUGCUGCAGACGGCCAGCUCGCUGGUCGACCCGUAUAGUGCUAUUGCGGCUGGUUGCGCGUCUCUCUAUGGCCCAUUGCACGGUGGAGCGAAUGAGGCGGUCAUCAGGAUGCUCAUCUCUAUUGGCAAGCCGGAGAAUGUCCCCGAGUUCUUGGAAGCUGUCAAGAGGAAGGAGAAAGUAUUGUCUGGCUUUGGACACCGCGUCUACAAGACGUCCGACCCUCGCUCAUUUAUCGUGCGCAAGACGGCGGACGAGGUUUUCAAGAUUACGGGUAAGGAUGAACUACUCGAGACGGCAAUGGCUCUCCACCAGGCUGCGAUGAAGGACGAGUACUUCGUCAAGCGCAAACUCGCGCCCAAUGUCGACUUCUGGAGCGGCCUAAUAUACCGCGCGAUGGGUUUCCCUCUCGAUUUCUUCCCCGUGCUAUUCGCGGUGCCCCGCGUGGUGGGCUGGCUGGCACACUGGCGGCAGAUGAUGCUGCAGGACGGGGGCGUCAAGAUCUGGCGUCCGCGGCAGAUAUACGUGGGCCCAGGCAGGCGCGAGUACACCCCCGUCGGGGAGCGCGUCGCGCAGAAGGGGCCGCGGCAGACGCCGUCGCCGGUUGUCCACGGCGGGAUCUCGAAGCGCACUAUGCUUGCCGAAUUCAAGGGGAAGCCUGCCCGGGCGAAGUUGUAGGUUCGAGGAGGGGGAUAGCACACUGUACUCGAUGGUGUCUACAUAGGAAGGAAUCAGGAAUUUUGCUGACCACCGUC